AUGCCUGAAUGUUACAUUGACUUGAUGAAGAAGUGUUGGUCAUCAGAUCCAAAGUUACGUCCAACAUUUCGUGAAUUGGUAAGCGUUCUUGAAAACUGGCAUUUAUAUAAAAAAGAUUCGGAAGCAUUUGAGAAGUCGGAAAAAAUAAGAAUAAAAAUACUGAAACAUAAAGGAUACGAUACAACUCCAGACAAAUUGGUUGAACCAACAAAAGUACAUCCACAAGCAAUUUAUGCUAGCAGAAAAUUAAAAUUUCCAAUCUUGCACAAAUCGUUACCAGGUCAUUCGAAUGCUGCAGCAGGAGGAGAAGAAAAUCAUCAACAACCAAAAACGAUAGAUUUAGAAUCAUUGUUAAUACGCGACCAAAGUUAUUUUUCUAUAAUGGUAAAAUAG